AUGGAUAUUCCCAAGACUCACGAAGAUCUUGAGGCCCAAAUACUUGAGAUACAAUCGAAGAAGAAAGAGAUCAAUGCGGAAGCGGCCAAAGAUAAGGGGGUGGGACUGCUCGAGAGUGGCUAUUAUGAUAGCGAGCUGUACGACGAUGCCAACCAGAACAGCAAAUACGAGGGCUACGUAACGUCGAUCGCACCGAACGAUGACAUCGACGACGAGGAGGACGAUGGACUCCCGAUCGGGCGUAACACCCGGCACAUGGGCUACACGGCACCGGCCGCCCUGCUCAAUGAGGUCGUACAGUCGGAGAAGGAUUACGAUCCGUUCGCGGAACGCCGGAGGCCCACGGUGGCCGAGAAGGAGGAUGAGUACCGACAAAAACGUCGCCGACUGGUCAUAUCACCCGAAAGAGUGGAUCCGUUUGCAGAUGGUGGCAAAACACCGGACGUUGGCUCUCGAAUGUACACGGAAAUCCGUCGCGAACAGAUGCUUCAGGGAGAAGAAGCAGAGUUGCGAAAGAAAAUUCAGGAGCAAGCCAAAGACGGUUCACUUAAAAUAUCAUCCAACGGAACGGCGAACAACAAAGUGGAACCGAAAAAGCGCGGCCGCUGGGACCAGUCGGUAGAGGAGCAGUUUGUGCCACCGAAAAAGUUGGCAGUACCGGCCACGCCGACCUGGGAUGCGGAGAAAACACCCGCAGACCACCGUUGGGAUGAAACGCCGGGUCACAAGGGAAGCGAAACACCGGGCGCUACGCCGAACGUUCGAAUCUGGGACGCCACACCGGCUCAUGCCGGAGGAACGGCCACGACCCCGGGCCGUGAGACGCCGGCUGAAAAGUCCACUCGCCGCAAUCGUUGGGACGAAACACCGAAAACGGAACGCGAAACACCGGGCCACUCGUGGGCCGAGACACCGCGCGCGGACAGGGCCACAGCCGAUAGCAUGCUCGAAGGUACGACGCCAGCUUCGAAGCGCCGCUCACGUUGGGACGAAACACCCUCGAAUGCCACCCCGUCCGCUAUGACCCCUUCGCUGGCAAUGACACCGACACUGCACGGGGCGACCCCGAGUGGGAAUGCCACGCCGCUCCUAACACCGGGCGGUACAACGCCGGUGGGAGUGAAAGCGAUGGCAAUGGCCACUCCGACACCGGGCCAUCUCGCUUCGAUGACGCCCGAACAGCUGCAGGCGUACCGGUGGGAGAAGGAGAUCGACGAACGCAAUCGGCCGUUUACCGAUGAAGAGUUGGACGUGAUGUUUCCUCCGGGCUACAAGGUGUUGCCCCCACCGGCCGGUUACAUUCCCAUCCGCACCCCGGCACGCAAACUGACGGCCACUCCAACCCCGAUGGCUGGAACACCGGCCGGAUUCUUCAUGCAAGCCGAAGACAAAUCGUCCAAGUUUGUCGACAACCAACCGAAGGGCAAUCUGCCGUUCAUGAAGCCGGAGGACGCGCAGUACUUCGACAAGCUGUUGGUCGAGGUGGACGAGGAGUCACUCAGUCCGGAGGAGCAGAAGGAGCGCAAAAUCAUGAAACUGUUGCUGAAGAUCAAAAACGGAACGCCACCGAUGCGCAAAGCCGCCCUGCGGCAGAUCACGGAUAAGGCGCGCGAGUUCGGUGCCGGAGCGCUUUUUAACCAGAUUUUGCCACUGCUCAUGAGUCCCACGCUCGAGGAUCAGGAGCGUCACCUGCUGGUCAAGGUGAUCGAUCGUAUUCUCUACAAGCUGGACGAUCUCGUUCGACCGUACGUGCACAAGAUUCUGGUCGUGAUCGAGCCGCUGCUGAUCGACGAGGAUUACUAUGCGCGCGUCGAGGGUCGAGAAAUUAUCUCCAACCUCGCCAAGGCGGCCGGCCUCGCGACGAUGAUCUCCACGAUGCGACCCGACAUUGACAACAUCGAUGAGUACGUGCGCAACACAACGGCCCGUGCCUUCGCCGUGGUCGCUUCGGCGCUCGGCAUUCCCUCGCUACUGCCCUUCCUGAAGGCGGUGUGCAAGAGCAAAAAAUCAUGGCAAGCGCGGCACACUGGCAUCAAGAUCGUACAGCAGAUCGCCAUCCUGAUGGGAUGUGCCAUCCUGCCGCACCUGAAAUCGCUCGUCGAAAUCAUCGAGCACGGGCUGGUGGACGAACAGCAGAAAGUGCGCACGAUCACCGCGUUGGCGCUGGCGGCCCUCGCCGAAGCGGCCACCCCGUACGGUAUCGAGUCGUUCGAUUCCGUGCUGAAACCCCUCUGGAAGGGUAUCCGGACGCACCGGGGCAAGGGAUUGGCCGCGUUUUUGAAGGCGAUCGGUUACCUCAUUCCGCUGAUGGACGCCGAGUACGCCAACUACUACACGCGCGAAGUGAUGCUGAUCCUGAUCCGCGAGUUCCAGUCGCCCGACGAAGAGAUGAAGAAGAUUGUGCUGAAGGUGGUCAAGCAGUGCUGUGCGACCGACGGUGUUGAGGCGCAGUACAUCAAGGAGGAAAUAUUGCCUCACUUCUUCAAACACUUCUGGAACCACCGGAUGGCACUGGAUCGACGCAACUACCGGCAGCUGGUCGACACGACGGUGGAGAUUGCGAACAAGGUGGGCGCGUCGGAGAUCGUGAACCGCGUUGUGGACGAUCUGAAGGACGAGAAUGAGCAGUACCGCAAAAUGGUGAUGGAGACGAUCGAGAAAAUUAUGGCCAACCUCGGUGCGGCCGACAUCGAUUCCCGGCUCGAGGAGCAGCUGAUCGACGGCAUCCUGUACGCGUUCCAGGAGCAGACGACCGAGGACGUGGUGAUGCUGAACGGGUUCGGCACGAUCGUGAACCAGCUCAGCAAGCGUGUCAAGCCGUACCUGCCGCAGAUUUGCGGUACGAUUCUGUGGCGAUUGAACAACAAGUCGGCCAAGGUGCGACAGCAGGCCGCCGAUUUGAUUUCCCGUAUUGCGGUCGUGAUGAAGACGUGCCAGGAGGAGAAGCUCAUGGGCCAUCUGGGAGUGGUGUUGUACGAGUAUCUGGGCGAGGAGUACCCAGAGGUACUGGGAUCGAUUCUCGGUGCCCUGAAGGCGAUCGUGAACGUGAUCGGUAUGACAAAGAUGACGCCACCGAUCAAGGAUCUACUUCCGCGCCUCACACCCAUCCUGAAGAAUCGGCACGAGAAAGUGCAGGAAAACUGUAUCGAUCUCGUGGGACGCAUAGCGGAUCGCGGGCCGGAGUAUGUGUCGGCCCGCGAGUGGAUGCGCAUCUGUUUCGAGCUACUCGAGCUACUGAAAGCACACAAAAAGGCCAUCCGCCGAGCAACGGUCAACACGUUCGGAUAUAUUGCGAAGGCGAUCGGACCGCACGAUGUGCUGGCGACGCUGCUGAACAAUCUGAAAGUUCAGGAGCGCCAAAAUCGCGUCUGCACGACCGUCGCGAUCGCUAUCGUGGCCGAAACGUGUCGCCCAUUCACGGUGCUUCCGGCACUGAUGAACGAGUACCGGGUGCCGGAACUGAACGUGCAGAAUGGAGUGCUGAAGUCGCUAUCGUUCCUGUUCGAGUACAUCGGGGAAAUGGGCAAGGACUACAUUUACGCCGUGUGUCCGCUACUGGAGGACGCCCUGAUGGACCGCGACCUGGUUCACCGACAAACGGCCUGUGCCGCCAUCAAACACAUGGCACUGGGUGUGUACGGGUUUGGGUGCGAGGACGCCCUGAUCCAUCUGCUGAACUACGUGUGGCCGAACAUCUUCGAAACUUCGCCCCAUCUCGUGCAGGCCUUCAUGGAUGCGGUCGAGGGGCUACGGGUGGCACUGGGGCCGAUCAAAAUUCUACAGUACACGCUGCAAGGACUGUUUCAUCCGGCGCGCAAGGUGCGUGACGUUUACUGGAAGAUCUACAACUCGCUGUACAUAGGGGCGCAGGAUGCGCUGAUCGUGGGCUAUCCGCGCAUCACGAACGAUCCCAAAAAUCAGUACAUCCGCUACGAGCUAGAGUACAGUUUGUAAAGGGACUCCAGCGCCGCGACCUGAAACACUUGCCCUUUUGCUUUCGUCGCGUUCGAAAUUCACUUGCGUUUAUGUCAUCAAUAGACACACAAACUAGACUCCCACAACACAGACUACACUAUAUUAAGGUAACACGUAAAAUGGAUUGAAUUAUCA